AUGUAUACGAUAAGAGACGAUCAUUCCUUAAAGACAUUAGGCAUAUCGUGGAACACCCGUUAUGAUACAAUAUGUUAUUCGGCACGUCCAAUCGAAAUUACAGAUACGAUAACCAAAAGAAAGAUUUUAUCAGAAAUCGCUAAGAUCUAUGAUCCUUUAGGUUUGUUAGGUCCCGUGAUCUUAUAUGCCAAGCAAUUAUUACAAGAUUUAUGGCGAUGCAGAAUACAUUGGGACGAAUCUGUCCCGCAAAAUAUUCAUACAAAAUGGUCCGAGUUUAUUCUACAAUUAAAAUCAAUACGCGAAAUCACUUUCAAUCGCAAGUUAUUCGCAAAUGAUUAUGAUAACAUUCAAUUACAUGGUUUCUGCGACGCUAAUAAUACAGGGUAUGGGGCAUGUAUUUACAUCCGUUCGGUGGAUAAAUAUAAGAGAAUCGUCAGCAAAUUAUUAUGCGCUAAAUCUCAAGUCUCCCCGAUAAAACCAGUUACUAUACCGCGACUCGAACUGUGCGGAUCACUAUUGUUGGCUAGAUUAUAUCGCGAAGUAAUUCACGCACUCAAUAUCACACCCGACAAAACAUUCUUUUGGAGCGAUUCAACGAUUGUUUUGCAUUGGUUGAAAACGCCUCAUUUAUUAAAAACUUGCGUUGCAAAUCGUGUCACAGAAACACGCGAACUUACUGAGUCAGGUAUUUGGCGUUAUACUCGAUCAGAAGACAACCCGGCAGACGCGAUUUCAAGGGGUCAACUACCUCAUGCUUUCUUGCGUAAUACAACAUGGCGUUCAGGACCGUCAUGGUUAGUUAAAGACAAAAAUAAUUGGCCCGACGAUAUUAUACAAACCGUAGAAAUUCCCGAAUUGAAAAAUAAUACCAGUCUCACAAUAACAUAUAACGGACUAGGAAUAUUUGAAAAAUACUCUUCGUAUUCACAAGGUUAUGCAGAAUCGUUGCUUUAUGUCUCGGGUGAGACCGAUCAAUCAAUAUCGCGGCCCCUUAUGUGCUAA